UUCUUAUAUUUUUUUAUUUCGACAUUUUGGCACAAUUAAAAACAUGCCUUAUAGAUGUGCAGUUCCUAAUUGUAAUUAUAAAAGUUCUACAAAUAUAUCUUUAUUUCGAUUUCCUUUGGAACGAGAAAACUUGUGUAAAUUAUGGGUAACAGCAAUUGGAAGGGAAAAUUGGCAGCCAACUACUCACAGUCGUGUUUGUAGUUUACAUUUUGAACCUACAGAUUAUUUGAAUAGACCUGGAUCAUAUUUAAGACGUUUAAAACAAGAUGCUGUUCCUCAUGUAUUUAUAUCUGCAGCACGUCUAAUUCCUUGGGUUGAAAAGACUUCUAAAAUCACUGAAACACCAAGAAAUGUUGAUCUAAUCACACAUAACACUAAAACAAAUAACUCAAUUUCCACUUCAACAAAAGAGACAAUAAACGAAGAAUUGUCAUUAUUUAAUUUAAAUUAUUCAUCGAAAACAGAGGAUCAACAUUUGAUUGAGGAAGACAGCCAUUAUCUAAUAUUUCCUUUAUAUAACGACGUUGCAACACAAACUGAAUGUGGCCAUAUAUGUGGAUGUAUCAAUAAUACAGAUGAAAAUAAAUGUUUGAAAAGAGAAUUAGAUGAUAUUUCUAGGAAGAAAAAGUUAAAAAAGAAAAUAAAAACUCUUCAACAAAAAGUUCGUCGACAAACUAAAUCUAUUAAUAGAAUGAAAGAAUUGUUACAAACUUUAAACUUGUAAAAUUUAUCGGAAACACAAAUGCUAUUACAUUACUGGAAAAUGAAUUCAAAGGACAAUCUUAAGUCUUCCUGAUAAAUUAUCAUUAAUAAAUUGGACGCAAUCAGUGAAUGCAGAGUCAGGAUUUUAACAAGAUGUGCUUAAAUCAUUGUCUACUUUAAACUUGGAGGAUAAGGAUUGCAGUUUAGUAUUCGAUAGCAUGGUAAUUCAGAGAGACAUAAUCUGAGAUCCCAGUUCACAAAGGAUAUUAUCCACCACAUAUGAUCAAACUUGCGAGAAAUACUUUGGCUGAUUAGAAAGAAAUCAUAUCUCAUAAUAGUUCUAUAGAAUGGAAAUAUAUUAAAAAAUUGUGUAAAAAUUACAA